AGCACCCUCUCUCCAUUUUAAGAGAACCAAUCAACCAAAUACUCUCUCCAAAUAUUCAUCUCUCUCUCUCUCUCUCUCUCACUCUCAGAGCAGGAGCAAUGUCAGUCUCCUCGGUAAUUUCAGCCGUCACAAGAAGGCUAGAAGGAAAGGUAGCACUGAUAACAGGAGGAGCUAGCGGCAUAGGCGAAUGCACAGCCAAAACCUUUGUCAAUCAUGGAGCCAAAGUUAUCAUUGCCGAUGUCCAAGACGAGCUAGCCCAUUCAGUCGUCGAAUCCAUAGGCUCGGAAAAUUGCACCUUUGUCCAUUGCGAUGUCAGAGACGAAGAUCAAAUAAAAAAUGCUGUGGAAAAAGCGGUUGCCACAUACGGGAAACUAGACAUCAUGUUCAACAAUGCAGGCAUAGCUGACGAGAACAAGGCACGAAUUAUCGACAAUACUAAGGACGAUUUCGAGCGUGUGCUUGGUAUCAACGUCACCGGCGUUUUCCUUGGCAUAAAGCAUGCUUCACAGCCCAUGAUUCGGGCUCGAACUGGCAGCAUAAUAUCGACAGCUAGUGUGAGCUCCUAUAUUGGUGGUGCGGCAUCACACGCCUAUGCGUGUUCGAAGCACGCAGUCAAUGGUUUGACCAAGAAUGCAGCCGUUGAGCUUGGCCAAUUUGGGAUUAGAGUGAAUUGCUUGUCACCCUAUGCGCUUGUGACGCCUCUGGCUACGAAAUUUGUUGGCCUUGAUGAUGAGGGAUUUGAGAAUAUGACGAACUCUUUGGCUAAUUUGAAGGGUGUGACACUUAAGGCACAAGAUGUGGCAAAUGCUGCUCUUUAUUUGGCUAGUGAUGAGGCCAGGUACAUAAGUGGGCAUAAUCUUCUAAUAGAUGGAGGAUUUAGCAUAGUGAAUCCAUCAUUUAGCAACAUGUUUCGGUACCCAGAAGAAGAGCAGUGAUGGAUGAUGCUGUGGCCGGGUGUUUCAAAUUUUUACACCUUUUCGUUAAUCAUUGUUAUUUUUGUUUUCUUUUAUACGGUUGACAUGCAUCCUAGAAAUAUUAAAAUGCUUUGAGAAAGGGCAGAUGUAUAGAACCUUUCAGCAACUCUUUUUCGCUAUCCCAAUUGUGCCAUUGGCCUGUGUUGAACUAUUCUAGUCUCGCAUUAUUCUUUUAUACAAUGUUUUAAGAGUUUCAUCUCCCCUAAAUUUACUAUCCUUGAAGUUUGUA